UUCCGGUUGGCAAGAUGGUGGCGCGCAGGAGAAAGCGUGUGGCGAGGGACCCUGAGGCGGGCGUUCCAAGCCCACCGGGGUACUACGCCAUUCCCAUCAAGUUCUCAGAAAAGCAGCAAGCUUCUCAUUACCUCUACGUGAGAGAACACAGAGUUCGAGAAGGCGCCCCGUCUGCUUGGCCUCAGAAGCGCACCCUUUUUGUCCUCAAUGUGCCCCCAUACUGCACCGAGGAAUGCCUGUCACGUCUCCUGUCCCCCUGUGGCACCGUCCAGUCUGUGGAGUUGCAGGAGAAGCCGGACCUCGCUGAGAGCUCAAAGGAGCCCAAGUCGAAGUUUUUUCACCCUAAGCCCAUUUCGGGCUUCCAGGUAGCCUAUGUGGUGUUCCAGAAGCCAAGUGGAGUGUUGGCUGCCUUGACCCUGAAGGGCCCUUUGCUCGUCUCUACAGAGAGUCACCCUGUGAAGAGUGGCAUUCACAAGUGGAUCAGUGACUACGCAGAUUCCGUGACUGACCCUGAGGCCCUGAGAGUUGAGGUGGACACGUUCAUGGAGGCAUAUGACCAGAAGAUUGCUGCGGAGGAGGAGAAGGCCAAGCAGGAGGAGGGUGUUCCUGAUGAGGAGGGCUGGGUGAAGGUGACCCGCCGCGGCCGGCGGCCCGGGCUUCCCCGCACUGAGGCAGCCAGCCUGCGGGUGCUGGAGAGGGAGAGACGGAAGCGCUCGCGCAAGGAGCUGCUCAACUUCUACGCCUGGCAGCACCGCGAGGCCAAGAUGGAGCACCUGGCACAACUGCGAAAGAAGUUCGAGGAGGACAAGCAGAGGAUCGAACUGAUGCGGGCCCAGCGCAAAUUCCGACCCUACUGAGCCUUAUGGGCUGUGGCCCAUGGAGAGCGGCAGUGACAGUGGAGCAUGGGGCCUGACCAGUGAGGACACCAGGGCGUGGUGGCCUGAGAGAUUGGGCUCUGCAGAGCAGCCACUAGGCCAAGGGGCUGCCAUGUCCUGCAGCCCCGUCAAGUCUGCAUGGGCUGGGAGUGCAGGACAGGGUCACCCAUCGGUCCCUGUGCUGAAGCAUGCUGGGACCCAGCAGGAGGAUUUGGCCCUCAGAAGUGGCUCGUGUCCAUCAGGAAACCAAACAACUGUCUGCUCGGGUCUCCCCUUUUCCUCAACGGAAGCCCCUGCUGGCAAUGGAACAGCCUCGAAGGCAGUGAGAAGGCAAGAGAGCUUUAUUUUACAUCCAGGCUGGCAGUGGGGAAGGCCCUGCUUCCUUCCACGAUGAGCAGCUCACCUCAGGUCAUUAGCUGCAGAACAGGCACCCAAGCCUAGACACUGUCCCCUCGAAGUCACAGAUGUGUACGUCAUAAUCUUGCCCCUUCCUCCUCCUCGUCGCAGGAGUCUCUUCUCCCCGUCUUAGUCUUCAGGACCCGUGAGGCCUGGUGCCACCCUACCAGCCAUGAAGAGGCUGGCAAGCGUGAGCAUGAGGUGGCUGUAGCCCAGGCCCAGAGCUACUGCGGGACUGGGCCCCUGCGUUUGCUCUGUAAAAAGGAGCUGAUGAUGCCGGCCACGUGGUGGGGCGCGUUCAUGUGGACAUAGUGGUUGCCGGGGACUUCCACGAACUGGAACCGCUGGAGGAGGGGAGGGAGGGGAAGUGUGGCCAGAGGAAGUGGCACUGCCCUCCCGUGGCCUGCUGCUGCCCCGGGAUCCCACAGUGUUCAUGUGCCCUGGGGGAUCAAAGCCUGGGGUCUCAGGCCGCCCAGGGAUCCGGGCCACCUGCAUUGUGAAGCUGUGGCACCAAGCUGGGGAGGCCAUGGCAGGGUUGCAGCCGGUCCUGCCCAACAGGUAGACGAGGCCCCUGGAAAAGCAAGGUUGGAGCCCCAGCAGGUCUCGACCUCAGACCUGGAGAGGAGGCUGGCCUCAGCUCUCCCGCCAGCUGCCGGCCACAGGAGGGCUGCUCUUUUGUGAUGGUACCCAGAGGGGUGCACAGGCCCCAGACUCUGACGUUUCUGUGGGUAACAAUCAUAAAGUGCUGGGUGCUCCCGGGGCCAGACAGUGUCAAGGUCAUAGCACAGGCGCCACCCCAGCCUGCAUGCCCCCUGGUAGGACUGGUGCUGGAAGUCGGGGAGGCCAGUGUGGGGUGUGGCCCAGGGUGGGGACAAUAAACUAAGACUGCCUGGGGAAGGCCUCUUUCCUGAACUCUGAUUCUGUGUGACCCCAGGUCUCUAGGGGCUGACCACAGUGGGGAGUGAGGCCCCUAGUUCUUCAGGACGUUUGGACCUGGGGCCAGCCCAGAGGUCCUAGUGCAAGGUGAAGCAGGGUGGGUGGACCCAGGUAGGUGAGGACAGCCUGGACGCCAGCAGCCUGAGCCUGUGUGCGUUUCCUUUUUUCCCAGUGGUAGUGGGGUUGAACCCAGGGA